UACAUUAAGCAUUGUCGUACCUGCAACGAUGAGAGUACUACUAAGUGUAUUGCUGUUAAUUUUUUGCGCCGAGGCACUAGCUGCCAAAGCACCCGUUACUCCAGUCUAUACAGUGGACAGAACUAAGAAAAUCAGCGAUCCAAAGUCUCUAGAUACGUGUUUCCUAGACGUUGCCGAUUGUGACCCAACCUACAAGUACAGAUCGAUCGAUGGUUCUUGCAACAACCUCGACCACCCCACUUGGGGAAUGCUUGGUUCGGCCUUCGUCCGACUUUUUGAACCCAGAUACAGUGACGGAAUCGAGCUCCCACCGGUAGCAGCAGACGGCUCCGAACUACCCGGUGCUAGAAAAAUAGUCACUUCUAUAUUCGAAGACCACGAUGUUCCAGAUAGCGUGUCCUUAAUUGUGGCCCAAUGGGCCCAAUUUAUAGCCCACGAUUUCGCUGUUGGCGUAAACAAAGAGACCACCGGAAACUGCUGCGAGGUCGACGAUCCACUGGUUUGUCUACCGAUUCCUGUUCCCGAAGACGAUGCGUUCUAUGCUCAGUUCAACACAACUUGUUUGGCGGUCACACGUACACAGACCACUGUUUGUGGCGACUGUGAUCCAGAUGGUCCUAAAAUCCAGGUGAAUGGAGUGACCCACGGACUUGAUGGUUCUCAGGUUUACGGAUCUGACGAAGAAACGGCUCAAUCUUUGCGGGAACAUGAAGGAGGAAGAAUGUUGGUGAGAACUUUGUCAGAUGGAAGGUGUUUCUUGCCAUCGGAAGGUAGCUGCUUCAAUUCGGAUGUUUGUUAUGUAGCAGGUGAAGCACGGGUUAAUCAAAAUACGCAACUAACCGUGUUACACACGAUGUUAGUUAGAGCACAUAAUAUAGUAGCAGAUGCUCUAGCUGCUCUUCAUCCUGAAUGGGAUGAUGAGACUAUUUAUCAAGAAGCUAGAGCUAUUGUUGUGGGAGCUUAUCUUCACGUUACUUAUGAUGAAUUCUUGCCGAAUAUUCUUAGCGAAGAGUUUAUAGUUAAAAAUGAACUAAAAUCUAGAAGUAAAGGUUAUCACAAAUACGAUCCGGAAGUUCCCAACAUCGUGAUCAUAAGUUUUAGUAAUCCAGCUUUCCGAAUCUUCCAUUCUGGCCUUCAGGGUAUCAUAGGGUUGUACAGUUACCAUCUGGAUCCCACUAGCCACAUCAAUCUAACCGAUUACAUGAACUCUCCCGGAAUUUUAGAAGAAGAAAACCACUUUGACGAGCUCAUUCUUGGCGUGAUAACGCAACCAAUGCAAACUCUUGACUCAUUCUAUACGUCUCAGAUUGAAGGAAAAUUAUUCCAUAUGAGCAGACCGUACGGCACUGAUUUAAAUGCCAUCGAUAUACAAAGGGCAAGAGAUCAUGGUGUUCCCGGAUAUCCAACCGUUCUAUACGGAUGUACUGGUGUCGAAGUGAAAGAUUUUGAUGAUUUGGCCGACCUGUGGCCCGCUGAAAAAAUCGAGUUGGUCCGGCAAAUUUAUACCUCAGUGGACGACAUCGACUUAUUUGUUGCCGCUAACUUUGAAAAUAAACGUGAAGGCCAUAGACUGAGCCCAGUUAUGGAGUGUAUAAUUGGUGAACAAUUUUAUCGGUGGAAAAAUGGCGAUCGGUUCUGGUAUGAAAUAGAAGGACAACCGCAUUCGUUCACCCCAGAACAACUUGACGAAAUUAGAAAACUUACACUCUCACGUGUGGUCUGUGACACCAGUGAUUACAUAGUGAAUGUCACUGUAAAUGCUUGGGCACCCCCUAGUGAUAACAAUCCGAUUGUCCCAUGUGACGAAAUUCCACGCAUCGAUUUUACGAAAUGGCUUUAAUUUGAAACCAGAGGCAAAUAUUUUACAAACUUGUUGUAUUUUUGGUAUUAAUAAUAAAUAUUUACGCUUUA